GUGGGGUUGUAUGUUAUCCUUUAUUUUCUUCAUACUCCUUAACCGUUAUUGUGUAGAAUGUCUGGUAAAGUUUUUUUUGGGUUGAUUUCAUACAUUCUAGCAUUCUAGCAAUACACAAAUUAUAUAUUCCAGGUGAUUGGUACACUUUAAUUAAUGACUUUGUUCUACAAACCAGGUAUUAUUCAGAAUGCAAACCUUACACGCUGCAAGGAAUUGUCCAUUUAUUUUUAAUUAAUUAUUGUAAGUUAAUUCUAAGCAUUCUACUUCUAUACAAAUUGUUUUAAUUUGUAAUACCCAUUGUUGACAUUAUUCAUGUAAUUUUUGCAGAUGGCAAGCAAGGCUGCAAGUGCAUGGAUAGAUUGCAGUCAGUGGUCUAUGGCCGAGCAAUGUCUCAGUCUCGCAUUAGAGGGCCUUGAGAAACUAAGAACCAAGUCCAAGCUCCCGUCGGCUCCACUUCCGAUGGUGAAAAGAGUGUGUGGAUGGCUGAAAAGAAGAAGGAAGUCGACCGGGAAGCCUUCAAGAUAUUUUGCUUCAAGGCAAAAGCCGCCGUGGGACAGGAGCAACAUAAACAAGGGUUGGAAUGGGUUGAGAAAGCAAGACCACUUCUGACCACGCUCGUCACUGAGGUAUCUGUGCUUGCCAGGAUGUGCUACAACUUUGGCUGUGAUGCAGUUAAGAGUAAGAUGCCGGAACAUGCAGUGGAAUGGUUGAGGACAAGCUUUGAGCUGGGGAAAGAGUGCCAUGACUUGGACAACAAAUUACAGGCAAGAACCCUACGUCUUCUUGCCAAUGCCUACUUGGACUGGGACGCUAAGGAGUACUGUCAGAAGGCCUUGAAUGCUGUUAGUCUGGCUAAUGCUGAGUACAUCCACCCAUUUGGACUCCACCUCAAGGUCAAGAUUCUUCUGCUUGGAGACAGCGUUGAUAACAAAAUGUUACAAGCAGCUAUGGAAGAAGCCAUCCUCCAUCAGGAUCUAUCUGUGGACCUCGCAGCGGAAACUGUCAAACUAUUGGCAAAGCAUGAAAAAACUGAUUUAUCUCAGACGGCGUGCCGACGUCUGACAAGCCGCUUCGCAGGAUCCCCCAAUGUUGGUAAACUGCUGGUGCUGCAGCUGGAGCUCCUGACAAGGAACAAAAGACACCAGCAAGCCAGGAACCUAGUGGAAGAAAUCAUUGCAGAUUAUCGAAGCAAGCUAGAUGGCCCAGUCCUGAGGCAGCUCCAUACGCUACUCUGGGAACAAGCUGCAGCAGCUUUUGAGAGUAGUGACUUCACAGAAGCCAUCGUGUGGUACAACUACUCCCUGAGUCUUUUAACUGAGAACGCCGACAUGGAGAAGCCCAACAUCGCCAAACUCCAGCGCAACAGGGCAUCUUCUUACAUCAACCUGCAGCAGUUUCAAAAGGCCGAAGAAGCCAUGAGGGAAGCUGAAAAAUGUGACCCCAGCAACCUCUACACCUACUACCUGUGGUUCAAGGUUGCAAUACACAAGGGAGAUAAUGAUGGAGCUGUAGCAGCCUUGCAGAAACUGGGAUCUGUUGCCUCGGAUGUAAAGGAGGAGGGCCCCUGUAACGAGGAGAAAGAGGAGGACAUUCAUAGUCUUAUCUCGUUGGCAGCGCAACUAGCAUUUGAGCGGAGUAAUCGCAAGGUUGCCAUUUCAGCUCUGGAAAGCCUUGUGAAAUAUUCUUCGGAUGUGCAGCAGAUCCUGACGUGCUUCAGAUGCCUAACAAGAUUGAGGUUGACUCUAUCCGGAGAGAGUUCAGAUCCAGUAAUGGAAGCAAAUGCCGUAGCAUCAUACGUAGAAUCAGUUCUAGUUCAGCUGAAUAGCAUUGCUGUGAAGGAACCCAAGUCUACCGGUGAGAAGGACAUGCUUAACAAUGAAGCAGCAUGGUUCAUGAAAGUAGCAUGGAAUAUGGCCAUUGAGCAUUCCACUGUGAGCAGACUCACACACCUCUUCUUUGCUAAGUGUAGUCAGUUCUGUGAGCUUCUUUCCAACGAUGCCAGCAAUCUAGGAAGACAAAAGACAUGCCUUGUGAUGGCUGCUGCUGCUAGUCUUCAGAUGGCUAGAGAAGCACAGGAAGAAGAUGAUAAGCGAGUAUCUUUAGAGAAGGUGCUGGAACAUGUAUAUUCAUGUCAGAAUGUGUGCUCUCAACUACAUGGUGAUGGCUCGGGAGACGGUGAGAACAGGGACAGAGCCUAUUCCAUGCUGCUGCUCUAUGAGUUUGAGGCCUUGGCGAAGCUGGGACGACCCUCGGAACUGGACCAGCUUCUGAAGCAAGUCCUUUCAUCGCCCGACUAUGACAUCAAGACCAUCGAAACUCUGGCAGUUCUUGCCAUGGAGCCACCUGCCCAUUACAAACAGCAGAGUAAGAAGCUCCUCCAUGCUGCCAUUAAGAAACACAUGAGCUCAAAGGAUAUUGACAUCAAAACAUGCAGUAAAACCCUUCACAAUGCUAUCAGACUGUGCCUGGUUGAGGGUAGCAGUCCUGGUACGGCAGGCAGGGAGGAGGCGUGGCAUCUUUAUCAGGUGGCUAUCAAGCUCCUUCAAGCAGAAGAGAAAGACACAUAUCCAGAAAUGGAGAUUGUAUGGUUGAUGACAAAGGCAUGGAACACUGGAAUUUACUCAUUCAGUUCUGGUCAGUACAGCGUGGCAGAUGUCUGGUGUUCUUUGGGUAUGGAUCUAAUGUCACAUCUCUCCGCACUCAAGGUCAACUAUGAAGAAAAGAUGAAGUCAUUGUUUGCAGAAAUUCAGUCCAAGAUAAGUGAUUCUAAGCUGAAAGAGAGCUUAGAAGAAUGAAAUACGCAGGGUGUUCCCUCAUCCAAGUCUCUCAUGAAACCCAUUGACAACUGGAACCAGUUGCCUCCUGUGUUAAGCCUAUGAGAAUGAGAGGAUUCAGUUGUCAGCCGGUUAACAAGCCUCUGUUUGUCAAUUCAUCGUCAUCUAUUUCAGCAAGAAUUUGUUUAGAUUUAAAAAACAACAAUACUAGUAGAGGUACACAGUAAAGCCCAUUCACCAUGUUGCCAAGUGCUCCCCCCCCCCACCCCCUACCCCCUACCCCCCUCCCCUCCAGAAGUUGUAUUAUCAAAUUUAUUUUCUUUAGGUGAUCAAUUUCUAUUUCAUUUUUAUUGUCCAAUGGGAAUUCGCUUUUGCCCACAUUUCACAUACAACUUUACUUAAUUUGAUGUACCUAGAUACAGGGUUUAGAUAGAUAUCAUAACAUGAUAAAACAAAAAUAUUCAGUAUUUUCUGUGACUUGAAUUAGGGGGGGGGAUGUGCUAUGUGACUUGCCAAACAAGAUAUUGAAAGUAGUAGACUGUAAUGAUUCUUUUUUCAAUGCCAGUGUGUUUAAAUAAUAAGGUUUAUUUAAUAUAUAUAUAUAUAUCUUAUUGACUCCUUACCAUUGUUCUGUAGUGACUCCCAUUUUUUGUAACUUCUGUUUUCCUGCAUAUAUUUAAUACAGUGUGUUUCUAAAGAAAAAAGUAGAAACAAGGAAAGAUUCAUUCAUUCUCUUUAUAUGAUGCGAAACUUGAUUUAGUUGUAAUGACGAUGCAAAAUAUAAACACAAGGUAUAAAGACAACAAAACAAAAAACAAUGAUAAGUAUUCCUUUGUUCAUCAUUACAUUCCAUUUGUCCCCAUUUCUCUGUCUGUCCAUGCAAAUAAAGCAGAAACGUGCUCAGCGAAUAGCAUUUCAUGGUAUUGAUCAAAACUCUCAUGCACUAAUUAAUUUGGAUUAUGCUCAUUUAAAAUGUUAUCAUAGUUUUAUGGUCCCAAGCCCUAUCAUCACAAAUGGCGUUUCAUAAUGAAAGAGGAUCUUUUUUUUCUUUCUAAUGAUUUGUGUCUCUUGUUUAUCAAGUGAUGUUUAUUCAACAAGAAGUUGCUGGGGAAAGGAGGGUUUCCUUUUUUUUUAAAGAGAGGUGAUAUUGGUAUCUAGCAAAUUUUCUUCUGUUUCUGUAUUUUAAACAAAAUGACAAUGUUCAUACACGACAUGUUAAAACCACAUUGACAUAACUGCCGUGGCAUAAGGAAAUGCAAAUUUAUUCAAAUAAAGUGAAUUUGACAUUAGGCCAUUAAAAAAACUUUACAUGUUUAGCGUACCCGC